AUGCCGAAAUCAAAAUCAAAGUCCCAAUCUCAAUCUCAAUCUCAACAGACCACAUCUCUCUCCACGAGGACAACGCCUCUUCCUUCGACCUUCCGCGACCGUCUGCCCUUACCAAAGCUGCUCGUAUUCGACCUCGACUACACGCUAUGGCCGUUCUGGGUGGAUACGCACGUGUCGGCGCCGUUGAAACCCGCCGCCCCGCCGGGCCAACACAACACGCGCAUGCUGGACCGGUCCGGCGAAACCUUUGCCUUUUACGACGACGUGCCGGGGAUCCUGGCUGCCGCAAAGAAGCGUGGCGUCGCCAUGUCGCUGGCUAGCCGUACCCACGCCCCGGAUCUUGCCCGCGACAUGUUGCGCGGCCUGCACGUGCCUGGGAGCCGCGGCACGAGUUCUGAUGAUGAAGAAGAAGACGAAGAAAAAGAGGGAGGAGAUAAAGGGAAGGGCAGUGGUGCUGCUGCUGCUACUACUGGCCCUCCUAUUACGCUAGGCACCACAAACCCAACCUCGCUCCGCGCCGUGGAUUUCUUCGUCCACCCACAGAUCUACCCCGGCAGCAAGACCACGCAUUUCCGCCGCAUCCAGGCUGCCAUGCAAAAGGCCGGCACGCCCGUCGCCUAUGAGGACAUGCUGUUCUUCGACGAUGAGGGCCGGAACCGCAACGUCGAGACCGAGCUCGGCGUCACCUUCUGGCUAGUCCGCGACGGCGUCACGAGCGAUGAGGUGGACAAGGGGGUCUGGGAAUGGCGGCGACGCCAAGGUAUAUCGAAAAGGGGGUUGUCCACCUCGGACGGAGAGGGCGUUGCCGAGUUGGAGGCAUGA